AAAAAAAUAUAAAACCCUAAAUUCAUCAAAUUCGGGGGAGUUCUUCUCAUUUUCGCAUUCCUCUUGCCGAUCCUGAAACCCUCGAUGAUGAGAUGCAAUCUUGUUCUUCUUCAAUCCAUUCUAGAUCUUGAAUCCCUCCUCCAUGAAUGAGCUUCUUCAGGAACCUCAUCGAUUCCUUUUCUCAGUUCUUCUCCGUCUCUGAUCCAUCUUCGGCUCGCCAUCACGAUCCCCAAUUGAUGGACGCCUCCGCCUCCGCCGCCGCUGGGCCGUCGGUCGUCAGCGAGAGGGUCGUCAACAAGCUCAAAGGCUACUUCGAUUUGGCCAAGGAGGAGAUCGAUAAGGCUGUCCGGGCUGAAGAAUGGGGCCUUACUGAUGAUGCCAUUGCGCACUAUAAGAACGCUCAUAGAGUCAUGCUUGAAGCCAAGGCUGCCAGAGUUCCUUCCGCGAUGCCUUCUAGUGAUCAAGAAAAGGUGAGAAUUUAUCAGCAGAAGAUAUCUAAAUGGCAGGAGAAUGUUACAGAGAGAUUGCAGGUGCUGAGCAAGAGAACGGGUGGUGUUCCGCCAAAGAAGACUACUCUUGGCCAGAGCCUAGAUAGAGCAUCUUCAUCUAUCCGUGCUACAACAAAAGCCCCUCUCCAGAGUUUGCCCAGCUCAAAGAGAAGUACUACCUCAGUGUCAGGGAACCAAAAGAACAGUAAUGGGUUCUCAAGACCCACUGAAGUUGCUGCUAAUAACUAUGACAGCAAAUUAAUUGAAACUAUAAAUACAGCCAUCGUAGACAGAAGCCCUGCUGUUAAAUGGGAUGAUGUUGCUGGUCUGGAGAAAGCAAAACAAGCUCUAUUGGAAAUGGUUAUCCUACCAACUAAAAGAAGAGACUUAUUUACUGGACUUCGGAAACCAGCUAGAGGAUUGCUUCUAUUUGGUCCUCCUGGUAAUGGAAAAACAAUGCUCGCAAAAGCUGUUGCAUCUGAAUCAGAUGCCACAUUUUUUAACCUUUCUGCCUCUUCUCUAACAUCUAAAUGGGUGGGAGAGGCUGAGAAGCUUGUUCGAACUCUUUUCAUGGUUGCCAUUUCAAAACAGCCAUCCGUAAUUUUUAUUGACGAGAUUGAUAGCAUCAUGUCUACAAGAAUGGCUAAUGAGAAUGAUGCAAGUAGAAGGCUAAAGUCAGAGUUCUUGGUGCAAUUUGAUGGGGUGACCUCUAAUCCAAAUGACUUGGUGAUUGUUAUUGGUGCAACCAAUAAGCCACAGGAAAUAGAUGAUGCUGUUCUCCGGAGAUUGGUAAAGAGAAUAUAUAUCCCUUUACCAGAUCACAAUGUUCGGAGGUUGCUUCUCAAAAAUCAGCUUAAAGGUCAAGCUUUUUCGUUGCCUGGUGGUGAUUUAGAAUGGCUUGUCAAGGAGACUGAAGGGUAUUCUGGGAGUGAUUUGCAAGCCUUAUGUGAAGAAGCUGCCAUGAUGCCAAUCAGAGAAUUAGGUCCACAAAACAUUCUCACCAUAAAGGCUAAUCAGUUAAGACCCUUGAGAUUUGGAGAUUUCCAAAAAGCGAUGGCAGUUAUUCGACCAAGCUUACAGAAAAGCAAAUGGGAAGAACUCGAGGAAUGGAAUAGAGAAUUUGGUUCAAAUUGAGGGUAUUCCAAGUUCCUCAGCACAUCAGUUGUAAAAUGAACCUAGACUGCCGAAUUGGUGCACUCCAAACAAUAUGAAUAGCCAAAAUUGGUUGAAAAAAAAAGCUCCCUGUUCAUCCUGCACAAUUUUGCAAGAGUUGGGAAGGUCAUGCACUUACAUGAGAAUUGCAAAUCUGUUACGCCUUCGAGAUGAUCUGUAUAUAUAUAUCUAUACACUUAGUAUCCAGUUAUUAUAAAACAUAGGAUAUUUGUAUAUGUUUCCAUGCUUACAAGCCACAUUCAUUUCAAUGUUUUUCUUUUCAAAAAAACUCAAUAAGCUGUUGUGCUAUCACAGUUUUACCCUUUGGAAUGAACAUGAUGUUUAAUGCUGGGACUCGAUGAGUUUAUUUAUCUCAACUUAUUUCGUGGUGGCAUUUGUAUGGUAUAAAAGUUUUUUUUAA